GCGCGGACGCGGGCGGGGCCUGGGCCGCUCCGUCCCCUCCCCCCGCCCGCCCCCCGCGCUUCCUCUGCUUUCGGUUUCGCUUCCGCCUCCAGCGCGAGCCCCGCCGCCGCCGAGCAUGGACGACCCCGACUGCGACUCCACCUGGGAGGAGGACGAGGAGGAUGCGGAGGACGCGGAGGACGAGGACUGCGAGGACGGCGAGGCCGCCGGCGCGAGGGACGCGGACGCAGGGGACGAGGACGAGGACGAGGAAUCGGAGGAGCCGCGGGCGGCGCGGCCCAGCUCGCUCCAGUCCAGAAUGACAGGGUCCCGAAACUGGCGAGCCACGAGGGACAUGUGUAGGUAUCGGCACAACUAUCCGGAUCUGGUGGAACGAGAAUGCAAUGGGGACACGCCAAACCUGAGUUUCUACAGAAAUGAGAUCCGCUUCCUGCCCAACGGCUGUUUCAUUGAGGACAUUCUUCAGAACUGGACGGACAACUAUGACCUCCUUGAGGACAAUCACUCCUACAUCCAGUGGCUGUUUCCUCUGCGAGAACCAGGAGUGAACUGGCAUGCCAAGCCCCUCACGCUCAGGGAGGUCGAGGUGUUUAAAAGCUCCCAGGAGAUCCAGGAGCGGCUUGUCCGGGCCUACGAGCUCAUGCUGGGCUUCUACGGGAUCCGGCUGGAGGACCGAGGCACGGGCACGGUGGGCCGAGCACAGAACUACCAGAAGCGCUUCCAGAACCUGAACUGGCGCAGCCACAACAACCUCCGCAUCACACGCAUCCUCAAGUCGCUGGGUGAGCUGGGCCUCGAGCACUUCCAGGCGCCGCUGGUCCGCUUCUUCCUGGAGGAGACGCUGGUGCGGCGGGAGCUGCCGGGGGUGCGGCAGAGUGCCCUGGACUACUUCAUGUUCGCCGUGCGCUGCCGACACCAGCGCCGCCAGCUGGUGCACUUCGCCUGGGAGCACUUCCGGCCCCGCUGCAAGUUCGUCUGGGGGCCCCAAGACAAGCUGCGGAGGUUCAAGCCCAGCUCUCUGCCCCAUCCGCUCAAGGGCUCCAGGAAGGUGGAGGAGGAAGGAAGCCCCAGGGACCCCGACCACGAGGCCAGCACCCAGGGUCGGACCUGUGGGCCAGAGCAUAGCAAGGGUGGGGGCAGGGUGGACGAGGGGCCCCAGCCACGGAGUGUGGAGCCCCAGGAUGCGGGACCCCUGGAGAGGAGCCAGGGGGAUGAGGCAGGGGGCCACGGGGAAGAUAGGCCGGAGCCCUUAAGCCCCAAAGAGAGCAAGAAGAGGAAGCUGGAGCUAAGCCGGCGGGAGCAGCCGCCCCCAGAGCCAGGCCCUCAGAGUGCCUCAGAGGUGGAGAAGAUCGCUCUGAAUUUGGAGGGGUGUGCCCUCAGCCAGGGCAGCCUCAGGACGGGGACCCAGGAAGUGGGCGGUCAGGCCCCUGGGGAGGCAGUGCAGCCCUGCCGCCAACCCCUGGGAGCCAGGGUGGCCGACAAGGUGAGGAAGCGGAGAAAGGUGGAUGAGGGUGCUGGGGACAGUGCUGCAGUGGCCAGUGGUGGUGCCCAGACCUUGGCCCUUGCCGGGUCCCCUGCCCCAUCAGGGCACCACAAGGCUGGACACAGUGAGAACGGGGUUGAGGAGGACACAGAAGGUCGAACGGGGCCCAAAGAAGGUACCCCUGGGAGCCCAUUGGAGACCCCAGGCCCCAGCCCAGCAGGACCUUCAGGGGACAAGCUGGUCGAGAGCCCAUCGGAGACCCCAGGCCCCAGCCCAGCAGGACCUGCAGAGGAUGAGCCGGCCAAGAGCCCAUCAGAGACCCCAGGCCCCAGCCCCACAGGACCUGCAGGGGACGAGCCAGCCGAGAGCCCUUUGGAGACCCCAGGCCCCAGCCCAGCAGGACCUGCAGGGGACAAGCCGGCCGAGAGCCCAUCGGACACCCCAGGCCCCAGCCCGGCAGGACCUGCAGGGGACAAGCCGGCCGAGAGCCCAUCGGACACCCCAGGCCACAGCCCGGCAGGACCUACAGGGGAUGAGCCAGCUGAGGCAGGGGAGGCAGCAGAGGUGCAGGCCGCAGAGAUGGAGUCUUCUGCCAAGUCUGGGAAGCCUUAAGGAAAGGAGUGCCCGUCGGCGUCUUGGUCCUCCUGUCCCUGCCGCAGGGGCUGGGGCCUCCGGAGCUGCUGCGGGCUCCCCUCAGGCUCUGCUUUGUGACCCGUGACCCAUGACCCACAGUGCUGGCCUCCUGUGGGGCCACUAUAGCAGCCACCAGAAGCUGCGAGGCCCUCAGGGAAGGCCAAGGCCUGCAGAAGCCUCCUGGCCUGGCUGUGUCUUCCCCACCCAGCUCUCCCCUGUGCCCCUGUCUUUGUAAAUUGACCCUUCUGGAGGGGGGGCGGUGGGCAGGGCUGCUUUUCUUAGUCUGGUACCAAGCAAGGCCUUUUCUGAAUAAAUUCGUUUGACUUUGA